AUGAAACGUAAAGAUGGUCACUACCACUUGGAUCUCCCUUUCCGCAGCAAAGAGGUCAGGCCACCUGACAAUCGCGGCCAAGCCUUGAAUCGCACGUUAUCACUGCACAGGAAGCUGGUGAAAACCCCGGACUUUCACAGAGACUAUUCGAGCUACAUGAGUAACCUCACUGAGAAGGGUUAUGCCGAGAGGGUUCAGGCCGAACCCCACGACCCCGGACGCGAGGGGCCAAAAGGGUAUAUCCCACAUCACGGUAUAUACAACCCGAGCAAGCCUGGGAAAAUCCACGUGGUUUUUGACUGUUCCGCCAAGGUGAUGGGGCUAUCCUUGAAUGACACACUGAUCCCAGGACCGAGUGGUAUCCUGACCAACACCAUUGUGGCAGUGUUGUUGCGUUUCCGUCAACAGCCAGUCGGCAUAAUGGGAGAUAUAGAAGAAAUGUUUAAUCAAGUAGGAGUCAGUGAGCGGCAUAGAGACUGUCUGCGGUUCUUUUGGUACCCAGACGGCGAGCUCUCCAGGGAGCCCUGCGUCUACAGGGUGAAGACGCAUCCGUUCAGAGCGGUAUCAAGCCCGGCCACAGCAGCUACCGCCUUACGGCAGUGUGCUCUAGAUAGUAAGGACGACUUUCCGAACACUGUCAUCGACACCAUCCUUAACAGCUUUUAUGUGGAUGAUCUGCUGAAAUCCAUGGAGGAGGAAACGGCUGCAGUAGGGCUGAGAAAGGACAUUACAUCUGUUUGCAGUCAUGGAGGCUUCCGGCUACACAAGUGGGUCACCAACACUAAGUCCGUCGCAGAUUCGAUUCCACCAUCUGAAAGAGCUAGCCCAAAGCCUGUGGUAAUCGGCAGUGAUCAUAGUACUCAACAGGCUGAACGUGCCUUGGGAAUCUACUGGGCCACGGUGGGAGACACCUUCGGCUUCAAGUUAUGCAUACACCAGGGAUACGGGAUCGCAGUCUUCGUGCAUCUGCAGAGCACCGAUGGUCAGGUGCACUGCACGUUGCUGUUUGGAAAGUCAAGAGUCGCUCCAAUCAUGAAGGUAACCACACCAAGAAUGGAACUCACAGUGGCCAGCGUUGCCGUGAAAUUCGUCGGCAUGAUAACCGAGGACAUGGAGUACAACUUUGAUAGAACUGUGUAUUGGACUGAUAGCGUCUCAGUGCUACACUGCAUAGCUAACCGGACAAGUCGUUUUCACACGUUCGUGGCCAAUUGGGUCGCCACAAUGCAAGAGGGAUUCACUCUAGAUCAGUGGCGGUAUCUCCCCACCCAAAACAACCCAGCAGACAUAGCAUCCAGAGGGAUAAUUUCUAGGAAUAAGGCUGGAGUAGAACGGUGGUUGAAGGCACCGGGCUUUCUAUGGGAGCCGGAGACGGAGUGGCCCGGGGUUCCCUUCGCAAUAGAGCUGCCAGUAGGAGAUCCUGAGGUCAGGAAGACACAUGCUGCUCUAGUCACACCCGAUAAGGGCCCCGGUGUUGGUAGCUGUGUAACGCUGCACAGCGUUACAAACGCGAGAGCUGCUGUCUCCCCCCGCACCGGCGCGAUGGCUCUGUCGACAGUCGCGCGAGCGCGCCGAAGGAUUGGAUGA